AUGGACAUUGAGUUUCUCAAAUCCAUUUCCGAGGAUCAAACGGACAUGAUGAUGAUGUUGCAGCUUGAUAAGCUCCCGGAUUUCGGUGGUAUCUAUGGAGAUGAUCAAGAGCCAUCAACUGAGUUCACAGAUCACGGAAGUAGCAGCUCCACCAACGUGAAUGCUAACAUGUCGCAGUUUAUGGAAGAUUCACAUUUCGGAUCACCUGCACUCAUGAACCCGUCUAGCACCAUCUCUUUCACCUCUCCAGCACAAACUACAGGUGGUGAGGUGCAGUUUUUAUCAACUGCGCGGUGGAGGAACAGUGGUAAUGUAGAAGGUCAGUCCACGGUUGAACAGAAACGUAAUUCUAUGGCAGCAAUGAGGGAGAUGAUAUUUCGUAUUGCAGCGAUGCAACCAAUUCACAUUGACCCUGAGUCGGUGAAACCACCUAAACGGCGGAAUGUGAAGAUAUCAAAGGAUCCGCAGAGUGUGGCUGCAAGGCAUCGGAGAGAGAGGAUUAGUGAGAGGAUUAGGAUACUUCAAAGACUUGUUCCUGGUGGCACAAAGAUGGAUACCGCCUCAAUGCUUGAUGAAGCGAUUCAUUAUGUGAAGUUCUUAAAGAACCAGGUACAAUCACUUGAGAAAGCUGGCGAGAACCGACCUCUAACAGCAGCUGGGAUUGGUUUUCCGGUGCCGAUGACAAGUGGAACUUACAUUCGCAUGGGAACAUCAGCCAAAGUUUAUCAGCAGUCAGCCCAAAACGUUCAGAACUAUUUAGGUGCGUAA